AUGAGGCUGCCCUGUGUCUUCUGGCCACAACUGUUCUGGGCCUUUAGUCUGUGCUUUUUAAAGACAAUAACAAAAUCAGGAGCAUCUCCACUUAACUGCCAGGAAACUUGUGUCUGUGCCAGUGAUGUUAUCAGUUGCUCUAAGAAGGACCUGGGAGUGGUUCCUAGUGGUUUACCAAAGUAUAUAGCAAUGUUAGACCUCAGUCACAACAACCUGCUAAGAAUACGGGCUGAUUGGACCACAAACCCACUAAAAAACUUCAUACAUUAUUAUUGUCACAUAACCAUAUAACCUUUGUAUCCCCUGAAGCUUUUCAUUUGACCCCCAACCUCCGUAAUCUGGAUUUAUCCUGUAAUAAACUGCGCACAUUUGAGGAGAAUGCAUUUAGUGCUCUGGAAAACCUGGAAGUACUUCUUCUCUACAAAAAUAAACUAGUAGAUAUUGAUCGCAGUGCAUUUGAUGAAAUGAAGCAUUUACAAAAGUUAUAUCUGAGCCAUAAUUUAAUGCAACGCUUCCCACUAGAACUGGUAAAGGAUGGAGAGAAAUUGCCAGAGCUUACAUUACUUGAUCUCUCCUCCAAUCACAUAAAAGUUCUCCCAGUAAAACAGCUUCGGGUGCUACCUGCUUGGCUGAGUAACAGGCUAUAUCUACAUGGAAAUCAACUGACCUGCAACUGUGAAUUGUAUGAACUUUUCUGGCACUGGCAUGUACGUCAGUUGGCAUCCACCAUAGAUUUCAGAGAAGAGUUACAGUGUUAUCUACAUGCCCAGCAACGGACUGUCUCAGUGUUUUCCCUCAAUGGUAGUGACGGUAUGAACUGUAGUGUUGUAAGAGAGACUGGAAUGGAGGCACAUCUUGAGGAGACAGUCACCUUAAACUGUGACACCAAACAAAGAGGUGUAAACCUAAUGUGGGUUACUCCUGGCAAUGAAUGGAUACAAAAACAUGUUGAUGGGACAGAGGGAAACCGUAGCAUACAUUUGCUUGGCAAUGGCAGUCUUCAAAUAAAACAGAUUCGUUUGGAAGACAAAGGGACAUAUACUUGUUACGCUCAAGGGGAGGUUCUGAAUGAAACUCUAUAUGUUACACUCACUGUAUUCAACUUUACACAGCAUGUCCACCAGGAUACACUAAAUACAGCAUAUACCACUUUAGUGGGAUGUGUGGCUAGUGUUAUUCUAGUCCUGAUUUACCUAUACUUGACACCAUGUCGCUGCUGGUGUCGGCCAGGUGAUAGGGGGCAAGGGGAGGACAGGGAUAGCAUCCGCUCAUCGGUCCUCAGUGCCACCCCCAACCAUGAGACUACUAGUGAGAAGGCAGCCCUCAGUCGUCAUGUGGCUUUUCUGGAUCCCCCUGGAGAUCUGCAAGGUCAGAAUGGUAAACUAAAACCAAAUGGUUCACAAGAAGCUCCUGGAAUAAAAGGCCACCAGCUACAGCCAUCAUCACCACACAGGAAGCUGUCAGAUCCAGGAUCUAUCAGUUCAGUAUUCUCUGACACUCCAAUUGUGGUGUGA